CAGCCUGUGAAGAGGUGAAGAGUGAUUUCCUUUGCUUUACUUUUUUUUAUCAUUUUCACUGAAUAUAAAGUGUCUUCAUCUGGACCCACAAGUUUUCUUGACUUUGUUCUUCUGUUUUCUUCCCCAUCCCACUGGUGGGGAUAAGGAGCGAACAGUUGGCUGUGUGGGUGCUCGGUUGUUGGCCGGGGUCAACCCGCCACAGAAAUAGAACAGAUGAUCUUCAGUGAAGUUACUAAGUGGGCAGGUUUUUUUUCAGUUUGUUGUGCUUACAAAGUGCUGAUGUAGAAGUGAUGUAGAAUUCAUUAGUUACUGAAGUUGGGAUUUGCUCUUGUUUUGCUAAACAUACAGAUGGAGUGAUAGUUACUGUUAUCAGUAGAUCGGGAUCUAGUGCUUUACAUUUGUUAUUGAGCAGGGAGUUUGUACACUGGAUAGUGACAAACAGUUGUUAGAGUGCUGGAAUCUUGGUGUUUCGGUGUUGUUUUUUUUUAAAGGGAUGUAAUCAUUUGGCACAGAAGCUUGUGUUUGAGAGUGCGGAGCUAUGUGUUGUGUGGUGUUAGAUAAUGGUGAAAAUCAGGAUAGGUUUAAGUUGGUGUUAUCAAACUGAUUCUUGUUCUUAUGUUUGAAAGGCAGUAAACAUAUAGAGAAAAUACUGAAAUUUGCUUUGCAGUCGGAGUGCUCCCUGAAGUUUCUUCAUGUUGGAUAUUUUUGUUUUUUUUUCAUUUGAUUGUCUCUGCUGUGUCCUUUAAGUGCAGUGCUGGGCUGGUGAGUAGCAUACUCUUGUGAACUUUGAAAGCGGGCGGAUUUCAGAAGAAUGGACACUUCCUGUAACCUUGAGGUGGACUUCACGCAUUUUUCAAGGACCGGAAAGAACUGAAUUGAGAGUUUUUCCCUCAAUAUACUGUCAGUCUGUUUCAUUUCAACAGUUCAGUGUCGCACAGUGAUGACCAAGUAAUCUCAUCGUGCUCUCACCAUUUCCAGAAGUCAACUAAAAUUGUGAUUUAUUUUUUUUUUUUUUUGCUUCUAAACUGGAAACACAAAGAUGCAGUGCGUAACAUCUUGGGACGUGGAAGGAGUUCUUCGUAGUAUCCCAGAUUGUGGGUUCAUUACAUGCUUGGCUUUAAUAUUAGCCAUUGUUAAGGAUGAGCUGCAGCAGUGUAGCACAGUAUAUGAAGCAAAGUACAGAUAUCAGCCAUUAAUUAUGUUUCAUUUUCUUUCCACAGUUAAGUUGAUUUUACAGAAUUUAUCAGGUCUUCAAAGCAGAAACAGGUGAUUUUUGCUGUGGGUUGAGCUCAGCAUGGCUGUAGUCAUCCGUUUACAGGGGCUUCCUAUUGUUGCGGGUCCUGCAGAUAUUCGUCGUUUCUUCUUGGGAUUGAAUAUUCCUGAUGGAGGUGUGCAUAUUAUUGGAGGAGAGAUUGGGGAGGCUUUUAUUAUAUUUGCAACAGAUGAAGAUGCACGGCGUGCCAUGAGCUGUUCAGGAGGGUUUAUCAAGGACUCGCGCAUAGAGCUGUUUCUCAGCAGCAAGGCAGAGAUGCAGAAUACCAUAGAAAUGAGCCGGAAACGAUUUGACCGUGGGGGACGAGAAAAUAUAGCUGGCUCUAGAAGAACAGGUACUAACGGUUCUGGUGCUGGUGUUGGAGACAUGCCACAUUUAGUCACGCCUUUUCCCAAAGGAAUGAAUAAACCUGGCUAUGGUCCCCCAAAUCAUCCGGAGGCUGGUUUCCAUGCCAAUGGUGCAAGGCAUGGUAAUAUAGGUAUGCCUAAAUCAAACUAUCAGUCAAGAAAGGCAUGUCAUCCAUUUAACCCAGAUGAUCUUUACUUAUUUCUACGUGGUAUACCCUACUCUGCAACAGAAGAUGAAGUACGUGCUUUCCUUUCUGGGCUACAUGUGGACGGAGUGAUUAUGAUAAAGCAUCGCAAUGGUUUAAACAAUGGCGAUUGCUUGGUGAGAUUCGCUACGCCAGGUGAUGCCUUAGAAGGACUUAAACGUCACAGACAGUACAUGGGUCAGAGGUUCAUAGAAAUUAGCCCAUCUACAGAGGAACGGUGGAUUGAAUAUGGUGGGAGGGUGGAUAUGCCAGAUGAAAUCGAUGACUUUUUCUGUGAAGACCAUUCUCCAAGAAGUUCAGGCUACAUGCAUUCAAGGAAGCAUUCUCAUUCACGAUCACCAAGGAGACAAAGAACACGUUCCCGUUCAUCUCCCAACCAGGAAUAUUACAUACACUUAAGAAAUCUAUCUACUAAUGUGGAGAAAAGAGAUUUGAGAGAUUUUUUUCCUGACCUGGAUAUAUGUAGCCAACAGAUCAAGCUUCUAACAGAUAAGCAUCAGAGAAGGACUAGGGAUGCCUUUGUGAUGUUAAGGAGUGAGAGAGAUUAUCAGGCUGCUUUGGAAUGUCACAGAAGGGUUCUUCUCAAUCGUCCUGUUUACAUUUUUCCAAUUUCAAGAAAGUCAAUGUUGAAAAUAAUUGACUCUUGUGAGAGGAAAAGAUCACAGGACAGAGAUCAUCUUGGACAGGCCAUACCAGAAAAAAGUUACCGGGAAGGUCAUUCCGGCCCUAAGACAUGUAUUUAUGUAAGGAAUUUUCCAUUUGAUGUGUCAAAAAUUGAAGUACAAAAGUUCUUUGAGAGAUUUGAUAUUGAUGAAGAUGAUAUUUACUUGCUCUAUGAUGACAAAGGAGUUGGGCUGGGAGAAGCAUUAGUGAAGUUUAAAUCUGAAGAACAAGCCAUGAAAGCAGAAAACUUAAAUCGUCGGAGAUUCUUGGGAACAGAGGUAUUAAUAAGACUUAUAUCUGAAGACCAGAUGCAGAAGUUUGGUGUAAGUGUACCGUUGUCUGCACCAAAUGAAAUGCAGGGUAAUUCACGUCCGUAUGACAGAGGUCCAGUUGGCUCACCGUCUGGGCCACCACAAGGGCCACCUAUGCAUUCAUUUGGUCCCCCUGGAAACUUCAGGCAUCCUUCUGAAUUUAGGCAUCCCCCUGAGGACUUCAUGUGCCCUCCUAAGGAUUUUAGAGGUCCGCCACCCCUCAUGGAUUUUGGUGGUGACAGUGAACCUUUUGGCAGAAUGGAGUUUGGGAAUAAUAAAAUGGGAGGUUUUCCUGAAGGAAGAUUUAUGCCAGAUCCAAAUUUUAGUGGUGGUUCUGAGCAUGUUGUUCCUAUUCGGUUGAAAAAUUUACCUUUUAAAGCUACUCCUAAUGAGAUUCUGGAUUUUUUCUAUGGCUACAGAGUGAUCCCGGAAUCAGUUUCUGUACAGUACAAUGAACAAGGAUUACCUUCGGGUGAUGCCAUUGUUGCUAUGACAAAUUAUGAGGAAGCUAUGGCUGCUAUUAAUGAACUGAAUGAUAGGCCGAUUGGUCAACGGAAAGUUAAGUUGAGCUUGCUGUAAAGCAGGAAGAGAUUCUCUAGAGUAAGACUUUCUAGAUUUGACAGUAUUGACAGUUAUUUUAACUUUUUUUUUUAAUUACCGGAAGAUGCAGAAAAUGGUUUCUAUGAAUGGUUGUAAAUAUCUAGUUCAGUUGUUCAGCUCUUGGUUGAAAUAUUUGUAUGGUAAGAUACGAGAAAUGUAUUGUGCCUACUUGUAGCAGAGAGCCCAGAAAUUCAUGAGGACAUUGAAUGUCUUACACCAAGGUAUAAAGGCAUGGAGUUGUAAUGUUUUGGGUUUGUGUUUUUUUUUAAUUAUUUUUUCUGUUUUUUUUUGUUUGUUUGUUUGUUUUUUCCCCAGUUUGCUUUAAUUCCAUGUCCCAUUACAUUGCAUCAAAUAAAAAUGUAAGUGCUGGUUCAUUGACCAGUCAACAGUUCAAACAACUCCAGUGCUACCUGCAUUAGUAACUAACACGUCUUACUGAGGUUAGCUUUAUGGAAUUAAAAAAAAUACUUCUUUUUUUAUUUUUUUUUUUUGGUAUAAACUGGUGAGGUUUUGUUCGGUUUCAUGUGUUUGCAGGCAUUCCUGUUAAAAAAAGACAAAAGAGCUUCCUGUUCACGUUAGCUGGCUUUGCAACUUUUUUUUUAAUAAAACGAGAAAUUGCCAUUAAA